CUUGACUGACUUCACUGCCAUAUUUCGUAACAUAAAAGACCUCUCCAUCAUCCACGCUAUAUUUCAUAGUAUGUGCAGUCGUUCUGAAGCAAAUCUCUGAAACAGAUACCACUCCUCCAACAGGCAACUUCAUAGCUAGUAUGGCUGUGACAGCAGAUCUCUGCUCCGCACUUACCAUCAUAAGCGCUGCAGCAGACGCAGAUUUUCAGCCUUAUCGUUAUCAAACCCAACAUGCAUUCCUUAGGCUUGGAAGACUUCUCGGCAUAAAUGUGGAUUUAAAUGGACCCGGAAGUCUAUCACACCAAGUCUUCCCUCUGGAACACAAUACGGAGCAACCAAAUGCGGCUGAUGAUGGCCUACUCUUGCAGUACUAUGGCGGAGGCUAUUGCGAUGGUAUGAUCGGAAACUCUGGGACGAGGCCUGCAGCUAACAAUACCUCCAACUUCCUGGCCGACGAACAUCCUGAUUCCAGAAGCCAAAAAUCCGACUUAGUUCGUGCCCACAGCGAUUCCUGUGACAAGAACGCUGUGAAAAUCCUUGAUAUUCUGAAGGAUAGGAUUUCUUCUAUCAAGAAAUGUCUUCGGCUCCCUACGAAUCAACUGCUGGUCACCCCUGAAGUUGAAAAUGAAGACCCUAGGGUCGUUGACAUACAGCUAGGCGAGGGCAUUUCCAACAAAACCCCAACUACUAGGUUUCGCAUUUCGUUGGCUAUUCGGUCCUUGACAUUAGAAUACGUACACUUCCAGUAUCAAACUCUUGGGUAUUCUAGAGUUGACGAGCAGGCCAACACUCUUUCAAGCGUUGCAGAUAACCAGCAUGGUUCUAUAGAAGAAUUCCUCAAGGCAUGCCCAUAUAUUCUCGAUCGCGGCACAGCUAAGAAAAUGAUAAUUACUGGCACUAAGAUGCUUGUUUUGGAGCGUUUAUAUGGGCACGCUGGGAUAUCUGCGCUUCUGGCCUUUGUUCCAAGCUGGACGAGGCUUAGGUAUCCCGAACUUACAAUCUUUAUUGAGCUGUUUCUUUUUCGCCACGCUGACAUUGCUACAAUGGCAGAAGAUGUCUCCAAUAAGUACUGGAAGUGUCAGCAUUUAUAUAACCGCCAGGUUCGUUCGAGGGACAGGCGGAGUAGGAAAAUUCAACACAAUGGCAAGCAAAGCUGGGCAUCAGCCCCACAUAACGAAUCGAUGGCAGUGAUGCCAAUAUCCGAUUCGGUGACCAGUUGGGAUGCAGAAAAGGGCUUUCAUGAUGAACCUUCCCGACCGAAUGUCCCUGAGCCACAGUCACCUGGCUUAUCUGCCUGCUCCGAUUACAUGGCUCAAGUACGUGUCGGAAAUAUGCCGACCGCUUUCGACCCUACACACCUUAUGCAAAGGUCCACUCAAACCGUGACUAAUGGACAAGACGACACUGGGGUCAUACCCUUGGAUUGUACACCGUGGGUCCGUCUCGGACUGGAAUCUACUUCCUUUGAUCCUCCCCACGAUGCUUUCUAUACAGGACAAACGGACCCUGAGUACAUGCAGAGUUUCUCUACUCCUUUCGACGCAACAAACAUGGCACAUAUGGGUACUAUGCCUGAGGUAUUUACACCAAAUUAUUCGAUACAGAAAGAGACGGCCCCUAGAAUUCCAAGCAGUCUCAUCAGCAACGUACAUCAGAGCGCUGCGGUGAUAGGCGGGAUGGAGACACAGCACUUACCCCCAGCUCCUUUUUUCCGUGCUGAUGACACCCUCAUUUCACCCACAAAUGAUGGUAGAACGUUACCAACAUUCUACCAGACACAGGGUUUGGUGAAUAGUCAUUGCAGCAUGGUUAACGUGGAAAAUCGCCUAUCAAAUGAUGCAUUGCAUACGCCUAUACCGGUGCCGUAACACCAAUAAUCAUCCCACUAUGUGAUUGUACACUCAAAUAACAA